UAAGAAUCGUGGCGCUACCCCACGUUCCGCAUCGCUAGCUCCAAAUUUGGUUUUAUAGAGGAACCUUCUGGCGCAACGUUGAUCGUUAAGCAAAUACAUAGCAGGAUGCCACGAGAUCCUCUCAUCGGUCUAGUGGGCAAGCCCAGCAGCGGGAAGUCUACUACUCUGAAUAGUCUGACUGACGCUACUUCAAAAGUUGGCAACUUUCCAUUCACUACCAUCGACCCAAAUCGAGCAACAGGAUACCUACAAAUAGACUGCGCUUGCGCCAGGUACUCUGUCGAAGACAGGUGCAAGCCGAAUUAUGGAUCUUGCAAGGAUGGACGACGGUCGGUGCCGAUAGAGCUGCUUGAUGUUGCUGGGCUGGUGCCAGGUGCCCAUGAAGGGAAGGGACUGGGAAACAAGUUCUUGGACAACCUUCGACUUGCGGACGCAUUGAUACAUGUCGUUGACGUUAGCGGAACGACCGACGAGGAGGGGAAGGCAACACGAGGCUAUGACCCGUCCCAAGAUAUCGCCUGGCUACGCUCGGAAAUUGUACAAUGGGUUUUGGGCAACUUGAUGGUGAAAUGGGGCUCUAUCAAGCGCCGACACAUCGCAGUAAAGGCCACAGCUGUCGAAACUUUGCAGGGGCAGUUUUCGGGGUACGGAUCUAAUGCUCAAGUAGUAGCACGCACCUUGGACCGCAUGGGCCUUAAGGAGCCGCUGGAACACUGGUCAGAUGAGACAGUAGCGAAAGUCGUUAAUGCCUUCGUGGACGAGAAGUUCCCAACCAUUAUUGCACUGAAUAAAAUCGACCACGCGGACUCGGACAAGAAUAUCGCCAAAAUUGCAAAGAUGCAGGACCCGAAUUCGAUUGUACUGUGCUCGGCCAUCUCCGAGGUGUUCUUAAGGAAGCUUGCGAAGCAGGGCUUUAUCAAGUAUACAGAAGGAAGCGAGUUUGUAGAUACGAGAGCGGAUCUUAUCGCGGAUGGUGACCCUGAGGGCGGAGGACUAAAAGAAAUGGAUGAGAAGCUAACGUCGAGGAUUGAGAACCUAAAAGAUUUGGUACUGUACCGGUUUGGCUCCACGGGAGUCGUCCAGGUGUUAUCAAAAGCCGCGGAGCUGCUUGGACUAGUUCCAGUAUUCCCCGUGCGGAAUGUCUCGACAUUUUCAUCGGGCCAGGCAGGGUCAAAUGCUGUAUUUAGGGACUGUGUUCUUGUCAAGAAGAAUACUACAGUCGCAGAGGUUGCUCGCAAGGUCAUGGGAGACGCUCCCUUGGCUUAUGUAGAAGGCGCGGGUGGCAUCAGAGUAUCACCGGAUGAUACCGUCUCUGUAGGGAAGCAUGAUGUGCUAUCAUUCAAGUUUGGCCGAGAAUAGGUGCAAGUAUACGGUUUUGGGGAUGUGGCGUUUUCGGGGCACUGCAGCAUAUAGAAAGGCGUUUGACCUGGUACACCUGGGUAACUGGCGUUCACCUGCCAUGGAAUGGUAGACUUUAAAUUGGCGUUCUCACGGACCUAGAAAUUUGUAUAGUGUUGCGCCAGACAAUUCUCGCAGAUCUAUCUCUCAUGUCCCCUUUCAUCGUUCAUUCCCACCACUGGAUCAGGCGCCUUGGGAUAUUCGGCCUUGGCCUUCUCGUUGGAAUGGUGAUUGUCUCGUUCGCUAGUCGCAGUGUCUGGAUCGCCCGACUCCCUCGCUGCUAUGCCUGCUUUUGAAGCCUCAACGUAUACACCAUUUUUAUCCUUCGUUCUGGUGAUAUGGUCUUUGCCUGUGGAUCCUAUUCCAUGGGUUUUAAUCUCUCGUUUCCAUAGUGGCGUGUUGCUUAAGCC